AUGUCAGAACACCUCACGAUCCUUGUUACCGGCGCCGCGGGGUUCCUCGGAUCCAACCUGGUCGAUUUCCUCCUCGAACGAGGCCAUGAGGUUAUCGGACUCGAUAGUUUCCAGACCGGCUCCCCUCAGAAGCUGAAGCAUUUGGAGAACAAUCCCAAAUUCAAGUUCAUCAGUCUCGACAUCCAAACCCCCCUGGAGGACCUCCAGAUCGACCAGAUUUACAACCUCGCCUGCCCUGCCAGUCCUAUCCAAUACCAAAAAGACCCCGUCUCAACGUUGAGGACCUGCUUUAUCGGCACACAGAAUCUGCUCGAUCUGGCUGUGGCCCGAAACAUCCGCAUUCUCCACACCAGCACGUCCGAGGUCUACGGUGAUCCUCAUGUCCACCCUCAACCCGAAUCGUACUGGGGAAAUGUCAACCCCUUCGGUCCUCGGUCCUGCUACGACGAAGGCAAGCGAGUAGCCGAAGCCCUGUGCUAUGCGUACCGCGAAAAGCACCACGCACAAAUCCGCAUUGCGCGCAUCUUCAACACCUACGGCCCCCGCAUGAAUGGCAGCGACGGACGAGUGGUUUCCAGCUUCAUCACGGCUGCGCUGGCUGGCGAGGAUAUCCGCAUCACGGGCGAUGGAUCGGCGACGCGAUCGUUUCAAUAUGUCACCGACUGCAUGGAGGGGCUGUAUCGCUUGAUGAACAGCGACUAUGCCGCUGGGGCCGUCAACAUCGGCAACGAUGGCGAAUUCACCAUCCAGCAGCUGGCGGAGAUAACGGCGGAUCUGGUGGCCGAGAUGACCGGCAAGCCCAAGGUGAAGAUCACCUAUCACCCCCGUCCCACGGACGACCCGGCCGUCCGACGGCCUCAGAUUACACUGGCCAAGGAGGUUCUGGGAUGGGCACCAGUUGUUCUUCUACAAGAUGGAUUAAAGAGGACGGUUGAAUGGCACAUGCAGAAUAAUGAAGAAUAG